UGAAAAAAUUAAAAACAGAAUCAACUGAAGGCUGAAACGAAUAUUGUGAAAACAAUCAUCCACCAAGUGAAAAUGAAAUCCGAGCCGAACCGAACCCGAACGCACUAGAAUUUCAUUGCACGAUUUUCGAUUUUCCUUCAUUCUCUUAUCAACUGGUCGAACGUCAACUUUUGUCUGGGAUUUUGUGCUCAAUUUUUAAAGAAAAUCGUGCUAGAAAUGGAUUGAUACAGAGCAAAGGAGCGAAAAAGGACAACAGUUUUUUGUAAUUUCCUGGGACAGUGUGACCUAGAGAGUGCUAUUAAAAUAGUUGGUGUUUUUAUCGAACUACCUACGCCCUUUGUGUUGUGAUUCAUCCAUUCUGCUUCAGAGUUCCUUGAUUUGAUUAUUCAAGUAUCCCUGACCCCACAGAUCAACAACUUUUCAGAUUUCCAGUAAUGUGUAGAAGGGCAAGCGAAAGAUCUCAAUCAAUCUAAGCUUAUCAUUAUGAAAGGCUCGCUGGAUAAUGGUAAUGGCGAUAGUGGAGGAGGCGCUGCUGGGUUGUCACCAUGCGUCGGAACUCAACGAAACAAAAAACGAUUCCCGGGGCGCUGGUCGCUACGACAAUUGAUUUAUUCCUCACCGUUGUCUCGAAGGCGCAGUUCCGGUAGUGGCGGUGGUACUUCUAAUAAAGUUUAUCGGAAAGUGGAUCAUAGUAAUACAGGAAAAAAUUCACUAGACGGAAAAUCAGCCCAAACAUCGAAAGCUACAGAUACAAAUCCAGGAGAAUUACUAAGGGCUACUAGCAAAUCCUCCAUGUACGCCUCUAGUAUGAAGAUUGGCAAUGGAGGGUACUGCAUUAUGGAAUGUCCGUUAUGCUUCGGAGAAGCACUGUUUGAGGAUUUCUGCGAACUAGCCGCUUGUGGACACAGGGCUUGUGUAACAUGCUUCCGACAGUACCUGAGAGUGGAAAUUACUGAGUCUAGAGUAUGUAUUUCUUGUCCUGAGUGUCUGGAGCCGAUGCAUCCAAAUGAAAUUAAAAGUAUCCUGAAUAAUCCGGCACUGUUUGAGAAAUAUGAGGAUUUUAUGGUACGCAGGGUACUUGCUGUCGAUCCAGACACAAGAUGGUGCCCAGCUCCAGAUUGCAGUUUUGCCGUGAUAGCGUGGGGAUGCGCGAGCUGUCCCAAACUACGCUGCGAGCGUCCCGGAUGCCAUUUGUACUUUUGUUACCACUGCAAGGCCGAGUGGCACCCGAAUCAGACAUGCGAUGCAGCAAGGGCACAACGUUCUCCCAAUAUACGUUCAUCUUCUGUAGCUUACAGUCAGGACUCUCACAGGGAUGACAUAAAGCCAUGCCCUCGUUGUCAGGUGCUGAUUGUAAAAAUGGAUGACGGCUCGUGCAAUCACAUGUUAUGCGCUGUUUGUGGUGCUGAAUUUUGUUGGCUGUGCAUGAAGGAAAUUAAUGACCUUCAUUUCUUGAGUCCUUCUGGUUGUACAUUUUGGGGAAAGAAACCCUGGUCUAGGAAGAAGAAAAUUCUUUGGCAGCUCGGCACCCUUGUUGGUGCUCCUGUUGGUAUUGCUCUAGUCGCCGGUAUCACCGUUCCCGCAAUGGUUAUAGGCAUUCCAGUUUGGGUUGGCAAGAAGCUGUUUGCAAGAUAUAGGACUGCGAAUAGGCAUAAGAGAAAUGCAGCUAUUAUUGGUGGAGUAAUUGCAUCGGCAUUGAUCUCACCGCUAAUCGCCGGUUUAGCUGUGGGUAUUGGAGUACCGAUCCUACUGUUCUACGUUUAUGGAGUGGUGCCCGUGUCUCUAUGCAGAAACGGCGGUUGCGGCGGAAACGCAUCUGCAGACGAACCAAUGACUCCGGCGCCUGAUACAUCAUCAGUGGACGCCAUCAGUACUACAACGAAGGAGCCUGGUAAUCCCAGCAUCGGGGAAGCUAGUAUUAGCUUAGCGUCUGGAAGUCACAGGGAAGCUGACAGGGAGAGUGCUAGCACGGUGGCACUAGCUGGUAGCCUACAUCAAGGUGCUCAGCGCUUAGAAGUCCAGGCGGACAUGGCAUCGGCACAACGCGUUAGUCUGAGUAGCCUAACUGAGUCGGUGAAUGCUAGUAUUAUUUUGGAUGACGGAGGUGCUAGCAUACGAGCUUUAGCGGGCUCAUUAAUUAAUUACAAGCCUGCCAAUGGUAGCGACUCCUGCAGCUGUGUCACCACUGAAGAUUGCACAUCGGAGCGUGUCCGUUUCGACGACAACGUCAGCUUCAUAGCUGCCAACCUAGCUGAAAAAACCAGCAUCGGUAGUAGCGGUAGCUUUUUGGCCCGAUGCUCGAAAACAACCAAAACGCAAGACACACUCUCCAACGACAGCAUCUACAUUGAUAUCGACGACGGUAAAAGUUCACGCAAAUUUUCUUCACAGGCCGCUGCUCUGCGCUCGCAAUUUUUCUACCCUAUCAAUGAAUUGAAGCCGACGGCCAGCAAAAGUUUGGACGAUAAAACUAUAAUUGAAGUGUCAAAUGAGACUCUGGAUAAAACAGCUACAACUCCGGUGGUGAAGGAAACCAAAAGCAUCGUCAUUUGUCAGUUGAGGCCAUCGUCUUCCACAGUCAGUUUGGAUGAGAAGCUGAAACUGGAAGCCGACUCUGAAAAGAGUUUCUCAAAUGAGAGCCUCAAUAAUAUCUCGGUGCCGUUGAUUCCAGAAUCGCAUCAUAUUGUUAUACGUCCUGUUAAAGUGGCCUCAGCGGUUAAACAUGAAAGUACAACAGAGCUAUAGUUACCCUGUUUAUUUGAUGGAAGACUGAUGCACAUACAGGGUGUAACAAAAUCAUUUUGAAAAAUAAACUGUAAUUUCAAACUAAUUAAUGUUGUUCCAAAAUAUUUAGUGUUUUUCAACACCCUGUGUGCUGAAAAGAAAGUGUUUUCUGACCCAUAACUGUAACAGUACUUGAAACCCCAUUUCUGCUUAUUGCAGUAUUAUGAAUUUUUUAAACAGUAUUUUUUACACCCUGUAUGUAUAAUUGUUAUAAUAUAAAUAUUCGUAUUUAUUUUUAAGAAUUAAAAGUAUUGCUUAAACAUUAUGUUGGGUAUUUGUUAAUGGCCAAAGCUAAAAACAUUGAAAAUAUGCAUGGCCCCAAAAAGUGCUGUUUUAUUAAUGUCUAGGUUCUAUUUGAAUAUUUAUAUACGAUAUUUUUAUAAUAUUUUAAAUAUUACUUUUUUUUUAAGACUCGAUUUUGAAAUUUUAACAACUUUAGCGUUAAAAUCUACGUUUGAGAUCUUUAUAAAAUUUAAUUUUACUGUAAUCAACUACCUAUCUUAAAGAAUCCAAAUAAAUAUAAAUGGUAAAUGUAA